UCACAGAGAAAACAGAGCCCGAGCCAGCAGGUAGUAAAACGUCUGCAUCAGCGUGACGGCUUAUACGAGAUCCGCUGUAAAUGCCAGUUGGGAGUAAAUACACGUCCUCACAUCUUAACACAGGUUCACAGCAACAUGUGCAGUUAGGAAACGCUCGCGUGUUGUUUUGGAUUCUGGUGGAAGCGACGCACCGACGCUGUCAGAGACCGACACGAGAGACAAGUGGUUGGAAAGAUGCACUCCUUCCUGCUGCUCGGCUGUUUUGUCCUCGCCACCACAGAGUACUUCCUGGGCUCUGCCCACAUGAUCCCCGACGAGAGACUCUCCACCAAUAAGGUCGUUGUGUCGAACAUCGUGUCUCAAAGCCUCGACAUGGGCUCACCCCCUGUCGUUAUCGUUGAGUUACCCAAAUCAGUCAAGAGCAAGAGAAAGAAACAAAAGAAGAAGAAAUUUGCGAAGCGGCCGCCUCCCCCUGCGAACUGCGUUCCCUUGAGGGGAAGCUGUAAAUCCUCCGGCAACGUGUGCUGUGAUUUCUGUGCCUUCUGCCAGUGUCGGCUCUUCAGAACUGUGUGUUUCUGUCGAAUGGGCAACCCUCGCUGCUGAGGGGCCGCCCGCGUGCAGCCCGACCCGGCUCCACGCUCACAGAGCAGAACUUCAUGCUGCAGCAGGCUACGGGAAGUGAGGGGAGUCACUUCUGGGUUUGGUCCAUGAUUUGUAACUCUGCCUUGAGUCUACUGCAUGAAAGCACUUUAUCACAGAGGACUGCAGCACAGUGAACGUUCCCGAAAAAACUGCGACAGGGUGUAACGCUUGUAGCACUGCAAUGAAACUCAUCAAUAAAAUGUUUUAAACGAGUCUUUAUUUCACUUUGAGCUUUUAGCAUGCAUAGAUAGAGUAUAUGAUCAAACCAUUUUGUAUAUUGCUUUAUUUUUUACACAGAAAUACAUGAACGUACGGUAACUUUCUUUUGUGAGUAUCAGACAUUUUUAUAAACCUUUGUAAGAAUAAAGUCCUUUACUAUGUUUUCAA